AUGUACGUCGGCUACUUUGGAGCAACCUUGUCGACCUCCCCAUCCUUAAGCCUUCCACCACGUCCGGCUCAUUCGGAAUCUACUUUUGAAUAUCUACCGUUCCAGGAACUGUGGGCAUUUCCUCGGCGCGAGACACAGGAUUCAGUGGACAUCUUCGCAAAAUCUAUUUUUGUACAAGCAGAGAAAGCGAAAGGCAAGUACGUCACCUGUGUCUCUGGUAUACUCACUCAUGAUACUGGAGCACGACUACGGACAAGCCCGCGACAUGCUGCGGACUGGAUCAAAGCGUAUGGAAGUCCCCGUGAAGAAGCGCAUGUUAUCUCAACAUGA